UCGCGUACUUCCGGGUGUUGUCUGGUCGCCGCCGCGCGUCUCUGGUCUCCCGGCCGCCGCUUCGGGUCGUGGAGCCAGGAGCGACGUCACCACCAUGGCCGGCAUCAAAGCUUUGAUUAGUUUGUCCUUUGGAGGAGCAGUCGGGCUGAUGUUUUUGAUGCUUGGAUGUGCCCUGCCAAUAUACAACCAAUACUGGCCCCUCUUUGUUCUGUUUUUUUACAUCCUUUCACCUAUUCCAUACUGCAUAGCAAGAAGAUUAGUGGAUGAUACAGAUGCUAUGAGUAACGCUUGUAAGGAACUUGCCAUAUUUCUUACAACAGGCAUUGUUGUCUCAGCUUUUGGACUCCCUAUUGUAUUUGCCAGAGCACGUCUGAUUGAGUGGGGAGCUUGCGCACUUGUUCUCACAGGAAACACAGUCAUCUUUGCAACUAUACUAGGCUUUUUCUUGGUCUUUGGAAGCAAUGAUGACUUCAGCUGGCAGCAGUGGUGAAAAGGAAUUACUGAACUAUUGUCAAAUGGACUUCCUGUUGUUCUUGGCCAUUCACGCACACAGAAGAAGGGGCAGUCAUGCUAAAUGGUAUAGCAAGCCUCUUGGGGGUAUUCUAGGUGCUCCCUUCUCAAUUUUGUUGUAAGCAUACUAUUUUCACAGAGACUUGCUAAAGGAUUAAAAGGAUUUUCUCUUUUGGAAAAGCUUGACUGGUUUCACGCUUAUCUAUAGUAUGCUUUUUGUGGUGUCCUGCUGAAUUUAAAUAUUUAUGUGUCUUUCCUGUUCAGUUUUUUCAAAAUCAAUAUGCAAUGUUAAACAUUUUUUAAAUGUAAUAACCAUUUGCAUUGGUUAGGAAGUCAGAAUUCUGCCGGCUGUAUUACUGGGCUAAAGUACAUCUUUUCUCUUAAAAUUAUUUAGCCUCCAUCAUUACAAAAAGUUAGAAAAAUAAGUUUUCAAUCAGUGAGGAUGACAUCACUCCCAAUGUUACACAAACUUGCAGACCGUUGGCAUACCUUAUAGACUAUAUGCUCAGUGCAAAUAUAGCUGCAAUUAUACCUCAGAGGGGCCAAGUAUUAAUGCCCAUGCCCUCCAUAACGGUUGCUGGUUUUACUAGUAGACAAGUGUUUUGUGAAUUGAAAAUUAUUUUAUGGAAUUGCUACAAAGGAGUGCUUUUCUCCUCAAUUGUUAGAAAAAGUUAUGUUAAACUUUAAGGUAAGGGUAUAAAAACAGAUUUUUGAGAUAUGGUUUUUAUUUGUUUAUUAUAGUUAAAGUAGAGUAAGUUGCAAUAUGGAAAGAAACUACGCUGAAAUUCCAUUUUUUGAAUCCUGUUUCUAUUUAUAAGUGGAAUUUUUGAUCUUCUAUCAGCUUUUCAUGUUUUACCCUGAGUAAAAUGGAUAUACAUCGAACUACUACUGAUGAGGGACAGUUGUAUGUUUGCAUUAUGUAUACAGAAAACCUUCCUCUGCUUCCUCCUUUUAACUUAUUUUGUAUGUUGUAUAUAUAAGUAAAAUAACUUUUCAAAUAUAGUUUAAUAACACAUAGAAGUGUUUAAUUCACCUGGAAAAUAAUUGCUAUGCCAUACAUUCAGAGUGCCCCCUCCCCCGCAAGGCCUUGACAUGAUUAACAAGUGACUUGUUAGUCUUGCAGAUAAUUCAUGCAUUAACAGUUUAAGAUUUAGACCAUGAUAAUGGUAGUUCUUAUCCUCUAAGGUUAUAUCAUAUGUAAUUUUAAAGUAUUUAAGACAAGUUUCCUGUAUACCUCUUAGCUGUUUUCAUUUUGAUUUUAUCAUGAUAGAUCUGCUAUUUCCUUAUAAAAGGCAAUUGUGUGAAUUAAUGCAAAGUAGCCAAAUCCAGCUGUAUAGCAGCUUCAGACACAAACCUGACCAAAAAAUUCCCAGUAACCAGGUGUGAUCAAAUUGUAGUGGUCAUUUACAUCUCACAGUUAUCAGGACUUUUUUUCAGGAGCUGAUUAUGAAAACGUUCAGGUUGGUCUGACUGUAUUUUGUUAAGGACAUUUGUUUGUAUGUUUAUUCAGUAUACUUGCAUAAAAAUUGUUUUGCCCUCAGCCAAGCUGAGGAAUCAUGACAGCUAUGUUUUGUUGUUUUAUAAGGUUUAUUUCUUGAGAAAAUGGGAACAAAUUUGGGUUUGUUCAGCUUUUUACUGAAGAUGCCUGAAGCCCCAGGUUUUAUUGCCUAACCUAAACCGUUACUUUUAGCUGUGAGAUGAUGGGAGGCAGGAUGAAGUAUCAGCAUGUGGCUGUACCCGUCACACGUGAGGCUGAAAAUGGCUUACGGUGUUAUGAUGUUCCAGACCUAAAGGGAAGGUACAGGUACAUGUGAAUUAAACAGCUGGUGACACAGGUGGGAACUCUUUGUGCCUGUGAUCUACUGGACUUUUUUGCAGGAAGUUCAUUCUCUGGUCCUUUCCCAUUUUCUGUUCUUCUAGAUGUCAGUGCAGUGCACUGCUACUGUUUUGUCUUCUUGGCCAUAGCCUCUUUUUCUAACAGCUGCAUAUUCUUUCUGUAUACUAAUUGCAUUGGCAGCAUUGUGUCUUUGACCUUGUACACUAGCUUGACAUAGUGCUGUCUCUGAUUUCUAGGCUAGUUAUUUGAGGUAUGAAUUUUCCAUAGAAUAUGCACUGAUACAGCAUUGCCAUUCUUCUAUGGAAAGAAAACUUUUGAUGAUGAAACAAUAAAGAUUUUAAAUAUCUA